ACAAAUAAAUAUAUAUUACAUCGCAUCAGAUUAAAUACCUAGAUUCUUAUUUAUUCAAAUAAAAAUUCGAUUGUAAAACGCAACGAAUGAACAAGAUCCCGCGGCGAAACGACGCGUGUGGCGCCAUCCGACGGGCGACGUGUCUCUCGGUAGCGCCGCCGCGGCGAAAAGUAUUGAAUCGAUGACGUCACAAAAGACGGAACGGUGGAAGGAGUGGUAGGACGGACGGUCGCGUUUGUAAAAAAAAAAAAAAAAUGUCGGAUCACCGGAGUUUGUCGUCGGCGGGUGAACGGUAGUCGCGACGAAGGAAGCUCGCGAUCAUCGGGGAAACGGUGAGCCACCGGCACGUCGGCCACUCGGCGAAACGAGCGACGUAAGUGCGUCUCCCCCGCGGCACGUGCACGGGACGAGAGACACGGUGCCAUACUUCCCCCCUGCCCCCUUUCGCUCCCUAUUCCCUUCCGUCCCAUCCCCGCCGUCGAUGCCCGGUCGGUGGCUCGCGGCUAUGACGGUUCGACCGCGCCGCGUAGUCGUGUGAAAAACAAAAGCGAGGCGAGAGAAGCGUAUUAUCGUGGGUCACGCGCGCGCGUUAAAGUGCACCGCUCCGCUUCCUCGAGUCCGAGAGGAUCGACACGCAGGCCAGGCACGCAGAGCCACGAUAAGGGCCGUGACGAAGCACUGUCCGAUUAAACGGAUUUAAGAAGACCGCGUUAAACGAGACCGGCGGCGGCGCAAAGAGGGAAUCGGAGCCGCGAGGAAUCCAGACGAGAAUGGGGAUCUCCAAGGGGGAAUGAUAGGUAAGGAGGGCCCUCGCUUUAAGAUGCCAAGGACCGACAUGCCACGGUGAGAGUGACGAGUCCCUUGAAUCUGCGGCAGGAUGCAAGAGGGUAAUACCGCCGUUGCGCUAGCGAUGGUGACCCCCGGAUACGACCAGGACCCUGCGAGUGGGGUCGCCGACUAUACAACUCAUCAGGACCAGGCCCAGUUCGAGGCCGACAAGAGGGCCGUGUACAAACACCCGCUUUUCCCACUGCUGGCGUUGCUUUUUGAAAGAUGCGAGCAAGCGACCCAGAGCUCGGACAACUCCACGUCCGAAAGCUUCAACAUGGAUAUACAGGCUUUCGUCCAGCACCAAGAAAGAGACCGAAAACCUUUCCUGAUCAAUGACCCCGAGAUUGACGGUUUGAUGAUCAAGGCGAUACAAGUGUUGCGUAUUCACCUGUUGGAGCUGGAGAAGGUGCAGGAGCUGUGCAAGGACUUCUGCAACAGGUACAUCACGUGUUUGAAGGGCAAGAUGCAGAGCGAGAAUCUGUUACGCAGCGACUACAGUCAUCACGGACACGACAUGGGCCCGUCGAGCGGCAGCAACGGCAGCAGUCCGUUGCAGGUGCUGUCAUCUACAGGCAAUGAUGUUGAGUCGGGAGCUAACGGAUUCAGAGUGAGCCGAGGGGACACCGUGGCGGAAAACGACGGCGCGAAUCCGCACGCGCGGGAAGAGAGCGUUAAUCACGACCAACAGUCGUCGGUCCGACCGUCUUCCGCCGUCCAGCGCUCAGGCAAAUCCACUAGCCAGGACCACGACGAUCCACUCUCACCGUCCACGGUACACGGGAGCACGCCCCUCUCGCAAAUCGGGGCGCAUCCAUGCGCCCCGGUUAACGACAUGUAUCUCGGCCAAGACAUUACAGUUGCGGGUUCGCCUUCUCCCGCGGCGAGCGAAGACGAGGAAGAGGGUGCCAGUAACGCAGCCUCGAAUCACGGUGGAAAUCAUAGGAAUAAUCACAGUAGCACUAGAAAGGGACGUCAAAAGCGAGGUGUCUUGCCUAAACACGCCACCGGCAUUAUGCGAACGUGGCUCUUUCAGCAUUUAGUACAUCCUUAUCCAACCGAAGAUGAGAAACGUCAGAUUGCCAGCCAAACGAAUUUAACAUUGCUACAAGUGAACAAUUGGUUUAUCAAUGCCCGUCGACGGAUCCUGCAACCCAUGUUGGAAGGUGCGGGUACAGACGCGGCGUCACGCGCGGGGAAACGUCACAAGACAUCGAAGAAUUCCGCGCAACAACAGGCGGCUCAACAGCAGCAAGCGGGUUGGCAAUCCGAAGACUCUGCGAGUGAUUCGGCUUCUAGCGACGGUGAAGGAGGUGCCGCUAGAUCGAAAGACGGUAACGAUAGCGAUGAAGAUGAUCUUCACUGACCUCUGUCGAUCACCGAAACGUCAACCUCUUUACGGUACCUUCAAAUCCAGUUGCUCAUUACAGUAUUAAGGUAUUCGGGAAUAGAUAUCGCUUUAAUUGUCAGAUACGUAAUUAAUCUCGUGAAAGUUAAGAAUACGUGGGUAGAGGUUAUCACGCUCUCUGGUCAUUCGGUACUACUCUGACUGUUCGUCAGCUUUUUUUAUGAUUAGAUUUGUAAUCUCGGCUCAUACAUCCACGUGUUCAUUCGAAGACGGAGAACUGAGAUUGAAUAGGUACUAGAAAGAGCAAUUCAAUACAUCUAACUCGAACAAAAA